AUGGCUUCAUCUACCGUUAGUUGCCAGAUCAGGCUGGUUGACGCAAAGCCAGUUUUCACCAUAGACAGCAUCCUUGGGUUAGAUUUGGACAGGCCAGAACUACGCAAUGUGUCUGUGAAGCUGUAUCGACCCUGGACGGGUAAAAUACUAUUUAUUUCUCUCAAGUAAACUCUGAUAAUAAUUGAUGUCAUUGUCUGUGGAGUUAUAUUGGGUUUUGUCUGGUGUUUUUCAGAAUUGGAACCAACGCAACAGAAAAGUCACACCAUAGUCAAUAGACCAUCGGAGCCUUCCUCAGAGAUAAAGGGGAAAGAAGAUGAACAGAAGCUCAAAUGUAAACAACACUUUACGGAGUCCUACAGGAGAACAUUAAACUGGUACAUUGGGCGCAGGCCGCGGACGGCUUUCAGUAGCACACAGGUAAAAAGUAAAUAAAUAAAUGUUUUAAGCAUCGUGGUGCGUCAAUAACAAAACAUUUAAUAACAUAUGUAUUAUCGAUAUUAGCCUAUAUAUCGGCUGAAGUGCAGUUAAAGUGUUUUAUUUUACCUAUUUAUUUUUUGUAUGAUGCCAUAACUGGGAUUUUGCUGCAGGGUUACAGUUAUCAGUAUAUACAUUUGUGACAAAUGAGUAUCAAUUUGUGACAAAUGUUUUCAUGGUAAUACAAUUUGAUUGAUAUGAUUUAUUGAUAUGAUUUCUUCUUGGGGUGCAGAUUGAAGUCUUGGAGAGUGUGUUUCUCAUUAACGCAUACCCGGGUAUUGACAUCAGAGAAGAAUUGGCUCAGAGGUUACAUCUGGAUGAGGACAGAAUACAGGUAGGCCUAAAAUCAACAGUUUCAAAAUGACAUUUAAAAUGGGGAUGUUUUUACACUAAGGCCUAACAGAGUUAAUUUACCGUUCAACAGAUGCCCCACAUCACAUAAAAAAUAAAUACAAAAAAUACAGGUUUUUGAACAAUUCAUUUGAUUCAUAUGAAUUUAUAUAUAUAUAUACACACAAUUAUAUAUUUAAAAAAAUAUUUGCUCACUUUUCAAAGUAUUACAUUUGUUAAACAGUAAAUCAACUUUGCAUGGCCUAACUUAAUUGUUGUUGCAUUCUACUUUGAUUAUUGCAUUAUAAUUGCAUUGUAACAGUUCAACAGUUCUUAUUACUACACAGAAUAGGGACUCUUUCUUCUUGUAACAAACAUGAAAUUAAAAAUCGGUUAAUUACAAUGUAACAUGUAAAAAAAAAAAAAAAAGAGGCUGAGUAUGAAAAAUGUAUGCACUCACUAACUGUAAGUCGCUCUGGAUAAGAGCGUCUGCUAAAUGACUAAAAUGUCAAUGUAAAAUGUGUAAUUACAGCAACAGCCUACUACACAGGUAUCUUCAUGCUCUUAUAAAUACAAAAGCUUAUUUUUUGAUAAAAUCCACAUUGUUUUACACCAUUAAGGCUGUUCUAAAAAAGCUCUGUUGACGUUGUUCCGUUCUCCACAGAUCUGGUUCCAGAAUCGCAGGGCCAAGCUGAAACGUUCUCACAGAGAGUCACAGUUCCUCAUGGUGAAAAAAGCCUUCGCAGAUCUCAAAGACAAAGAAGGGGAAUAG